AUGAGCACGAUGCUGGGCACGCUGUACAACGAGACGUCCUCGGGACAAGUCAGCGCUCACGAGAUCGCGCGACCUGCGCUGCUGGCCGCGAUCGAGCGGCUCGCCGCGCUGCAGCAGCGCGGCGAGCCGUUCGUAGUGGCCGAUCUCGGCGUUGCGGCAGGUGCGAACGCGGUGAGCGUCGCCCGGCUUGUGAUCUCCGAGUUCAUGGGGCGACGACCCGGCGAGGCAAUCUCGUAUGCGUUCGAGGACCUUCCGCUCAACGACUGGACCGUUCUGGCGCAAACCGUCUCGGCGGCCGAGCUGCCCUGCUUCACUUCAUUUGUGCCGCGCUCCUUCUACGAGCCCCUGUUCCCGCCCGCCAGCCUCAGCCUCAGCCUAUCGUUCAUAACGCUGCACUGGCUCUCGGAGGCGCCUCGGCUCUCCGCCGACGCUGUCCUUGCCAUGGAGCGCCACACGGCGGCCGACGUGGCUGCAGAGUGGCGCGACCAAGCGCACGUCGACCUCGUCAGCUUCCUUCGCCUCCGCGCGACCGAGCUGAAGGACGGCGGCGAGGGCGUCUACCUGAUGGUGGGCGGCGGCGCCGCGCUUCCGGUGCAUGAGUGGGCGCGGCCGCCAAGCGGCGGUCCCUCCAUCUUUUCGGUUGCUCUCUCGCGUGCGGUAGCGGCGGGCGACAUCGACGAGGCGGCGGCGAUGGCGGCCUCAGUGGCCUACCACCUGCGGACGGACGACGAGGUGCGCCGCGCCGCUGGCGAGGUAGGCGCGUCUCUCGAGCUGCUCGACGUAACGUCGGCAGAGGUUCGUGUCGCGGAGGGCAGGAGCGCGGAGGAGCAUGCCGACCUCGCCUGGGCGAUUCACUCCAACUCGAUCCUCUCUUCGUCUGGGAUCGGCGACGAGGCGGGCGAGCGCGUGCGCCUGCACCUGCGAGACGUGGUCGCCACCGAGUUUGGAGACUCGGGCGCCACCAUUUCCUACGUCUCCCUCGCUGUGCGACGCCGCCCUCGGGAGGCCAACGCCGCUAGCGAGGAGGGAGCUGUCGCGCCCGCUUCGGAGGCGCGUGGGUGGGACCCGAUGUGGCUCGCUAGGGCGCUGGCCGACCCGGCACGGCCGACCUUCUUGUUCGGCUCCACCCCUCCACGCGACGGCACGACCGCUGCUGAGGCGGCGCAGAUUUGCGCCAAGUUCGUCGCCCGCUCGCGCGCGCACGCCUCGGACGGGUUCAUCGUCUACGACAUCCAAGACGAGUCGUCCCGCAACGCCGAGUCGCGCCCCUUCCCCUUUCGGCGCACGAUCGACCCGAGCGAGUACGCGCAGCACUUCCCGCCAGCGUCGGGCAAGAGCACCGCGUGCUCCGAGGCGGACGAGGCCGCCUUUGCCUCGUGGCUCGACGGCGCCCAGCGGCGCAACCACCACACGCUCAACCUCGUCGGCCCCUCCUCCUCGGGAGACACGCCGCGCAUCUCGAUGGAGCGCGCGGCCGCGCUGGUCAACGAGCGGCCCGGGAUGGCUUUCGGCUGCGUCACCAUCGCCGAGCGGCACCUCACCAAGGGGACGGAGCACCUCAACCUGCUCCGCAAGGCGGGGUACGGCGCAAAGUGGUUCAUCUCGCAGGCCGUCUACGACGCUGAGGCGACCAUCAAGCUGCUGCACGACUACGCGGGCGAGUGCCGCAGGCGCGGCUGCAGGCCCGUCAAGAUCCUCCUGACGUUUGCACCCGUGGGGCGGCCAAAGACGCUCCAGUUCGUCAAGUGGCUCGGAGUCCACGUGCCGUCUGCGGUCGAGGAGCGGAUCCUCGCAAAGGCAAACGCCACCGAGUCCAAGACAAAGGAGGCUGCGGUGCUCGAGUCGAUCGACGCAUUGCAGCGGAUCCUCCAGAUGGCGGGCGGCUGCGGCGUGCCACUAGGCCUCUCCGUGGAGUCGCUCUCCGGCUUCCGCGAGGAGAUUGAUGGCUGUUUCGAGCUGUUUCGCCGGCUGCAGGCCACGAUGCUCGACUCUGUCUGCUCUCCGUGGGCAGUCCGCUGGUACCGCGUGCCCGUCCACUCGAUGGCCCGGUCGCAUUCGGAGGAGCAGCUCGCGGCGGACGCUGGCCCCGAGAUGGCGGAGGAGGAACAAGCGGGCAGCCGCGCGGCCGGCUCGAUCUAG